GAUGUCACUAGUAGAUUUGGGAAAGAAACUUUUAGAAGCUGCACGAGCAGGUCAAGAUGACGAAGUUCGCAUUUUGAUGGCAAAUGGAGCACCUUUUACCACAGACUGGUUGGGAACAUCUCCACUUCAUCUAGCUGCGCAGUAUGGACAUUACUCAACAACAGAAGUGUUGCUGCGAGCAGGUGUAAGUCGGGAUGCCAGAACCAAAGUGGACAGAACGCCAUUGCAUAUGGCAGCAUCAGAAGGCCAUGCCAGUAUAGUAGAAGUCUUACUUAAGCACGGUGCUGAUGUCAACGCGAAGGACAUGCUCAAAAUGACUGCACUUCACUGGGCUACUGAACAUAACCACCAAGAAGUUGUAGAACUCUUAAUAAAGUAUGGAGCAGAUGUUCAUGCUCAGAGUAAAUUUUGCAAAACGGCAUUAGAUAUUGCAGUAGACAAUGGAAAUGAAGACCUUGCAGAAAUAUUACAGAUUGCAAUGCAGAACCAAAUCAAUACGAAUCCAGAGAGUCCGGACACUGUAACAAUACAUGCAGCAACACCACAGUUCAUCAUCGGACCUGGAGGGGUGGUGAACCUAACAGAUGAAACAGGAGUGUCUGCAGUACAGUUUGGAAAUUCAUCAACGUCAGUAUUGGCCACAUUGGCAGCUUUAGCAGAAGCAUCAGCUCCACUGUCUAAUUCUUCAGAAACACCAGUUGUGGCCACAGAAGAGGUGGUGACUGCAGAAUCUGUGGAUGGUGCUAUUCAGCAAGUUGUCAGUUCUGGAGGUCAGCAAGUUAUUACUAUAGUUACAGAUGGCAUUCAGCUUGGUAAUCUGCAUUCAAUUCCAACCAGUGGAAUAGGGCAACCAAUCAUUGUGACCAUGCCAGAUGGACAGCAAGUAUUAACAGUUCCAGCAACAGACAUCGCUGAAGAAACUGUGAUAAGCGAAGAACCGCCAGUGAAGAGACAGUGCAUUGAGAUUGUUGAAAAUCGUGUGGAGUCUGCAGAAAUAGAAGAAAGAGAAACUCUUCAGAAACAGCUGGAUGAGGCAAACAGAGAAGCACAAAAAUAUCGCCAGCAGCUUCUAAAGAAAGAACAAGAAGCAGAGGCCUAUCGGCAGAAGUUAGAGGCAAUGAACCGCCUCCAGACUAAUAAAGAAGCUGUUUAAUAAAAAAUGAACGUACUGCAAAGCCUGUUACUCCCAAAAACCUGCAGUACAAUCUUGAACUGUACGCUAUAUAGGUACACACACAGGAUUACAUGAUAGAGAAGAUGCUACAAGUUGAUAACUGGACUUAAGCCGUGAGCUCUGAUGAAUUUCUUGUAACAUAAAAACUCUGAAUUUAGAAAUUGUGAAAAGUAUUUAAAAUGAAAUACUGUAAAUAGUUGUUUUUUUUACAGUUUCAAAAUGAGUUGAUAAAUCUUUUUGAAGGGAUCCAGAAACACGAGAAGCCAAUGUUUUUUGUGAAAUUUUUGAUUUUAGUAUGAAUCUAACUUCUGAAAAACAGAACAGUUUUAAGGGUGAUGUUGUUGAUUUAAGCUGACGACUUGAAAAUUAAUUAUGUGAUGAAAUGAAUUAACAGUUAUUUCUACAUGGUAACAACUUAAACUUCUCUGAAUAAGACAUUUCCAGGUGGAAAUCUUUGUACAGCUUUAAGGAGUUGUCUCAGAUUCUCUGAAAACCAUUUUUGGGGUUUUUUUUAUUUUAGGCGGUGAAAUUUUUAUAUUUAAUUUCAGAUAUAUCCAAGUAGAUUUACAUGUAUAUGAAGCUAAUAUUUUUUAAACUUUUCAGUUUGUACAUAUGCUGCAUGUUUUUAUAAUUUCUACACAUACAUCUUGCAUAGGUAUUUUUCAGCAAAGAUGAGAAAAACUAUGAGAAAAAUGUUUAGCCUAUAGGUCAUUUGAAGUAAGCUAGCAGCCAGUUUUAUUGUGGAUGGUAUAUUUCCUGGAAGAAUGUAAUUUGUAAUUAAAAAGAACAAAAAAAACCCCAACUUAAUUUACAUAUUAGAGGCAAUUUAAAAUUUGGUAGUGGAGGCAUUGAAACUUCACUUUGUGUGUCUUACAAACAUUUUAAAGUUCAGUAAUGAAUAGAAAAGAAUGUCUCCACUGGAACACAAACAGUAGUUCUUUUAGAAUGUUACUAUUGAUCUCUUUUCCCAAUAGCCUUGAAAUUAUUUCAGUGAUGCAUUUUUUUCUAAACAGACUUUUGCAUUUUAAUUAUGCAAUUGGACAAGUAAAUUUUUUAUGUUGUGGUGAUGCUGCUUUUAACUAGCAUCAUUGUUCUUCACUGUGAUACUGUGUUUGUGUGUGUCUGUGCAGUGAUCUAUUAUGCUUAGGAUUUAUAUAGCACGUUACAUCUUCAGAGCAUUGUAAAAUCUUUUAAAGAACCCUUACUGUACUGCCUGAGGCAGGUAAGUGAGUGUUACUGUCUCAAUUUUAUAACUGGUAUAAGCGCAACACAGGGAAUGUUAAAUGACUGGCCCAAGACCACAUUAAUCUGUGGUAGACCUGGGACUAGAUCUCGGGAGUUCCUGGCUUUUUAGUCCUGUGCUUAGACUGAGCUGCCUUAAGAUUAUUCAGUGCUGUGUUAACAUUAAAUUUUGAACUACUGUGCAGAUUCCUUUUUUGUAAGAUAAAACUCUUUGUGCUUUGCUUUGUUGUUCCAUGUUUCACUGCUUUUAUGGAAUUGUUUGUAUAAACUUAAGCAAAAAGUCUAGUUUACCUAUACUGUACACAGAAGAAUUACCCUUAAAACUGUACUCUGGCCUACUUUUUCUAUUUUACAAUUAAAUAUCUUUUACACAUA